GAACGACGCUGCUUGGUCAAAACCUAGUAAUUGACUGGUGCCUGAAUCACGCUCUGUCUUAAACAUUCGCAUCGGGGUAGGCCACAUGAGAGCUCACUACCGAUCUUACACGAGGUUGGGGAUUCGUCAUGGCAACCAAGCGCCCCCAUAACAAAUCGCGUAACGGAUGUAUGCAAUGCAAGAAACGGCACGUCAAGUGCGACGAAGUUGGACCCCCUUGUGCCAAUUGUUCCGUUCGACAGAUUCCGUGCCAAUAUGCAAAGUCGGCGGCUCACAGUGAGCGAAUGAUUCGCAAAUGCAACUCGAGUGAGGUAGUCGCCGAGGUACCGCCAUCGAGUAUCGAUCGACCCUGGCCAGCUGCACGGGACCUCGCCGUCGAGGCGUCUGACCAGUCCCGGAGGCUCAAGGAGUUGGAGUUGAUGCAGCAAUGGUGCACAAGGACAUGUUACAGCUUCACGCCCAAAAACGCGGAUGUAUUCCGGGAGAGUGUUGUCAAAGAAGCAGUGAAGCACGUAUAUUUGAUGGAGGCUAUUCUGGCCUUCACCUCGGUACAGAUGGCGAGCGAAACAAGUGAUCCGGUAUCCAUGGCAUCUUAUGUCCGGGGCGCCCUUCAACACCACAGCAAGGCAAUCUCUGCGUUACGCCACCGUCUGCGACACUUGCCUCCUUCAGAGACUGGAGCUAUCUUUGCUUGCUCGAUCCUCACCAUGGCCUGCACUAUCACCUUUCCGUUGCUGCCAGAUGGAGCGCAGGACCCAACAGCCGCCGCCACGGAGAGCGUCCUACAACUGUUCAACUAUAUCAAGGGAAUCGCAUCGAUCGUGGAGAUUAAUCAUCGAGGGCUCCAGGACGGGCCCUUUCACACGAUCUUCGAAGCACCGUGGGAUCCUUGUCCUGUGACCGGGGCCGACAGAGACCUUCUGGUUCAGCAUUUACACCGCGCGAAUGAUUGUUUCCAUUGCGGUCCCAACUCGGAUCAACAUCAAAUCUACCAGCGGGCGAUCGUAGAGUUUGAGAAGAUCUUCACAACCAAUCGAUAUAGGGUGAUCAAAUGGUUGUACGAUGCGGGAGACAGUGUUCUGGACGGACUGCGCACCAGGGAUCCUGUGGCCACGGUGAUAUUCAUCCAAUGGGGCACGCUCCUUGGUCAGUUGGAAGGGCUCUGGUGGGCCCAACGGUUAGGCCAAAUGCUGGUCACCGAGUUGUCGAGCCAUCUUUCUUCAGAGAGAACGGUUUGCGAUGAGCCGGCCCCCGCUCGCAAGGCGGAGAUAUGUUGUCCCCCUGAAUGCUUCGACUUGCCAUGCAAGGCCGGGUGAUGGGGCUAUGUCAAUGUCGCUGGUCGCCGACGCUUCCUGGGGCGCGUUUGACUUUUGAAACAGCAGCCUCUUACCGCCGUGUACGGUAAAAAGCCACUGUCGGCCAAAUUGAUGGGUUCCAAAUGGCGUGGGGCUACGAGGCCGUGCUUCGCGGGCACUAGCGUUUUCUGCACGUCGCACUCGCUUUUCGCACUCGCACUCGCUUAACAUGCCCAGAUAGGUGCCAGACUAUUCUUGAUCCUAGAUUCUGGAUUCAAGUCUUUCCCCCUGGCGAUCUAUCCUCUCAAAUCGUGUGGGUUGAACUCCGUUCGAGUGUUCCAAGCCGGAGGCUGUGCUGUUGAAAUUGGUCUUGCUUGUACAUCAAGUGCUCUGCUUGGCUGAAACGGGCGUUAAUCUCUGCCUGUCCAACCAGUACCAUAAUGCUGUACAUAUAUAUAUUGAAAGCGCUCUUUCCCCCCGACCCAAG